ACUGACAGCUGCGUGCUCCAAUCGCGCUCUGCUGGCAGCCAAUCGCCGCACGGGCCGCCGGGGCGGGGCUGGGUGAUGACGUCAGCCGGCGGCGCACGUUGCCCCUCCCUUUCCUUUCCUGAGAGCGACGGCCGUGGAGCGCCAUGAAGGCGUCGGGCACCCUGCGGGAGUACAAGGUGGUCGGGCGCUGCUUGCCCACGCCGAAAUGCACGACCCCUCCUCUGUACCGCAUGCGGAUCUUCGCUCCGAACCAUGUCGUCGCCAAGUCCCGAUUUUGGUACUUCGUCUCUCAGCUGAAGAAGAUGAAGAAGUCUUCUGGAGAGAUUGUAUACUGUGGACAGGUGUAUGAGAAGUCCCCUCUGCGGGUAAAAAAUUUUGGUAUUUGGUUGCGCUAUGAUUCUCGUAGUGGAACCCACAACAUGUACAGGGAGUACAGAGAUUUGACCACUGCGGGUGCUGUCACUCAGUGCUACCGUGAUAUGGGAGCCCGUCAUCGUGCCCGUGCUCACUCUAUCCAGAUCAUGAAGGUUGAGGAAAUUGCUGCCAGCAAGUGCCGCAGACCAGCAGUCAAGCAGUUCCAUGAUUCUAAAAUCAAGUUCCCGCUGCCACACAGAGUUCUGCGUCGCCAGCACAAACCACGCUUCACCACCAAGAGACCAAAUACUUUCUAUUAAAUUCAAAAACAUGUUGUCAACUCUGUGUUGCAAUAAAGGUCUAUUUGGAAGCUUUCA